UUUGAGCCACGCAACUUCGAGCCUACCAAGGCAGCGCUAUGUCUCGAGACGUGCGGACUACCAGCAUCCAAGUUCCCAAAGAUGAUCUGGCCUACAAACUACGGCAAACUAGCGUGUGCCACCAUGUUCACGUUGUUCUGGGCUGGCAAGAAGUACGCCCCCAGUUGCUACGUGGACGGCGUACAGAUCCAGGAGUAUCUCCAGUCGCACUACUUGGAUUCACUAGUGGCACUUGCCGAAGCUUUGAAAGGCUUGACGAAUGUUGUGGGUUUUGGCACGAUGAACGAGCCUUCCAGUGGGUUUAUUGGCGUCAAUGACCUCAAUAAACCCGUGGGUAUUAUUCAAAACGGUUACGCACCCACUGCGUUCCAAGGUAUGACGUUGGGUGAAGGCAUUGCUCAAGAUGUGGACGUGUGGAACGCAGGGCUCAUGACUAUGAUUCGUGGCAAACCGUCUAAAGUGGAAAAGGUGGAUCCUCAGGGUGUGCGAGCGUGGAAAGAAGGCUUCGGAUGUGUCUGGAAAGAGGCGGGAGUGUGGGGUUUCGACGCCGAGAACAAGCCUCAACUGCUCAAGCCUGAUUACUUCAGCGACGUGGACUUUGGCAAGGACUUUUACGUUCCGUUUGCCAAGAAAUUCACCAAAAGACUGCAGAAUGUGUUCCCGAACGCCUUGAUUUUCGUUGAAAUGCCACCUGUGGAUUUUGGAGACAUGGAGUUCCCUCAAAUAACCAACGAGGAUGUCCCGAAUGCAGUAAACGCCAUGCACUGGUACGACGGCAUCACUCUCCUCACCACGACGUGGCGCUCGUACUUCACUGUGGACUUUGCCACCGGUAAACCUGUGUUCGGUAACAAGGCUCUACGUAAGGUGCACCGGCAGCAACUGGCCCAUGUCGCCAGCUUCGGACGUAAGAAGAUGAACAACGCGCCGACGUUGAUCGGAGAGACUGGCAUUCCCUACAACAUGAACGAGGCCAGAGCGUACAUCAGUGGAGACUACUCGGCUCAGAUUGAGGCGAUGGACAACACCAUCUCGAAUCUCGAGUCCCAGUUGCUGUCGUACACUUUGUGGAACUAUACUGCUGACAAUUCCCACGAGUUCGGAGACUUGUGGAACCUGGAAGACCUGAGUAUCAGCAGUCCGGACUCUGAGGCGCUGGCUAUUCGUCUUGCUGGCGGCCACACCCGACGUCGUGAUGAUCCUGCUCGUGGCUUGAAGGGGUUUGCUCGUCCGUACGCUCGCAAGAUCACUGGUGUCCCUCUCAAGUCGACGUUCACUAUGGCUACAGCUGAGUAUGUGUUGGAGUACGUGUCAGUGAACACAGAGACCUCAGCGCCUACCGAGAUCUACGUGCCAUACGUGCACUACCCGGGCGGCUACCGAGUCACCUCGUCCGAUGGCCACUGCACCAUCAAGAAGCACGAAAACUACGACAUUGUGACGUACGCUCACGACGUCAAGGCGCACAAACAUCGCGUCAUUGUCUCGCCUCGAACUCCCGUUGGUGGAGACCCGAAACGCGCCAACGCUCCGCUGUACAUCGCCCUGGCCGUCACUGCUGUAGCUGUCCCGCUGCUCACUCUGUACAAGCGUAGAUAAGCGCAGUUAUCGAGGUAGACAGGCUGCUCCACAAUGAGGAUGAAGGCUACGCAUGCGAAUAAAAAACAUGUACGUAAACGCUCCCUGUGUACGACCAUGUUACCUUCUUCUGUAUAGUUUUCACAAACUAUUCAUCCACGAUCAUGUUCUCCGCGUCGUCCUUGUCACCUUCACUAGACAUGGUAUCUUCGUCCUGCUGCACAACUUCUUGUCCCUUUUUGGUA